AUGAAGCUGGAAAAGGUGGUGUUCGCGCUGAACGGCCGGCGGUAUGAGGUUGCCGGCGGCGAAGUCGACCCAUCCACCACGCUGCUCGAGUUCAUCAGAACCAGGACGCCUUUCACGGGGACGAAGCUCGGCUGCGGCGAAGGUGGAUGUGGAGCUUGUGUAGUCCUUAUAGCAAAAUAUAAUCCAACAAAAGAUGAAGUGACUGAAUUUUCUGCAAGUUCAUGCUUGACCCUCCUGUACAAUAUAAAUUUCUAUUCAAUUAUCACGACUGAAGGUCUGGGAAAUACACAAGAUGGUCUUCAUGCUAUUCAGAAAAGAAUGUCCGGGUUCCAUGCUUCUCAAUGUGGUUUCUGCACUCCUGGCAUGUGCAUGUCCAUUUUCACUUCUCUUGCCAAUGCUGACAAAUCCAAGAAGCCUGAACCACCAAAUGGGUUCUCAAAGUUAACUGUAUCCGAAGCAGAAAGGGCCUUCUCAGGCAACUUGUGUCGAUGUACUGGUUACCGACCAAUAGUUGAUGCCUGCAAAAGUUUCGCUUCAGAUGUUGACUUGGAGGAUUUGGGUCUUAAUAUAUUCUGGAAGAAAAGCGAUAAACAUGCUGAUGUUAGCAAAUUGCCUACUUAUACUCUUGGUGGCGGAGUCUGCACUUUCCCGGACUUCCUAAAAUCUGAGAUCAAAUCAUCUCUUGAUCAACUAAAUGAUUCAUUUAUGUUCUCCGGGGAGGGAUGGUAUCAUCCAAAAAGUAUUGAGCAAUAUUAUGACUUAUUAAACUCUGGCAUAUUUAGUGACUGCUGUGUCAAAGUAGUCGUUGGAAACACAGGUUCUGGUGUAUACAAGGAUCAAGACCUAUAUAACAAGUAUAUUGACAUAGGUGGUAUUCCAGAACUGUCAGCUAUUUUAAGAAAAGAUAACGGCAUUGAAAUUGGAGCAGCUACACCAAUUUCUAUGGCCAUCAAGAUACUUGAGCAAGGAAAUGAAUCUAUAUCAGCUCCAAAGGGAAGUUUAGUUUAUAGAAAACUUGCCGAACACAUGAGCAAAGUUGCUACACCGUUUGUCCGUAACACAGCAAGCCUUGGUGGAAACAUAAUUUUGGCACAGAAAUACCCAUUUGCUUCAGACAUAGCAACCAUACUUCUUGGUGCUGCUUCCACUGUCCGUCUUCAGGUUGCUUCACAAGCGCUAGAGGUUACUUUGGAAGAGUUUCUGGAGCAUCCUCCUCUUGAUCCUAGUACUUUACUUCUGAGCAUAUUUAUUCCACAUUGGACUUCAGAUUCUCAGACAGAAACAAGUGUUGUCUUUGAAACUUAUCGAGCAGCACCACGCCCUCUUGGCAAUGCUGUUUCAUAUAUUAAUUCUGCUUUCCUGGGACUUGUCUCCUUGAAUGAAUCAUCUGGUGAUCCUGUAUUGAGCAACCUACACUUGGCUUUUGGUGCUUACGGGACAGAACAUGCUGUUAGAGCAAAAAAAGUUGAAGAGCACCUCACUGGAAAAUUGGUGACUCCAUCGGUUGUGCUUGAAGCAGUUCAUUUACUCAGAGAAACAAUUGUACCAAUGGAAGGAACAUCACAUCCCGAAUACAGAGUUAGUGUGGCUGUUGGGUUUCUCUUCAGUUUCCUAUCUUCAUUUUCUGAAGGCAUCAAAGGGCCUGGAAAAACCCUGAACUUCAGCUCUGCUAGUUCUGUAGACACAGAUGAUCUCUGUAACCUGCCAUUAUCUUCCCGCAGAGAAACAGUUUCCGGUGAUAAAUAUAAACCAGUUGGUGAACCAAUUAAAAAGUAUGGAGUUGAGCUUCAAGCUUCUGGGGAGGCGGUAUAUGUAGAUGAUAUUCCUGCUCCAAAUAAUUGCCUCUAUGGAGAGUUUAUUUACAGCACAAAACCUCUUGCGCAUGUCAAGAGUAUUAAGUUCAAGCCUUCUUUAGCAUCCGAGAAGAUCCUGACAGUUAUUUCUGCGAAGGAUAUUCCAAGUGGAGGGCAAAAUAUUGGAUCAUCAUACUUGUUUGGGGAUGAAAUACUUUUUGGUGAUCCAAUUGCUGAGUACGCUGGCCAAGCUCUUGGUGUUGUGGUUGCAGAAACUCAGAGAUAUGCCAACUUGGCACGAAAACAGGUUAUUAUUGAAUAUGACACAAAAGAUUUGAAGCCACCAAUCUUAACUGUAGAACAAGCAGUACAAAACAACAGCUAUUUCAAUGUUCCCCCAGAGAGGUAUCCAAAACAAGUCGGUGAUUUUUCCAAGGGCAUGGCCGAAGCUGAUCACAAGAUCCUGUCGACAGAAGUAAAACUUGCCUCUCAGUAUUACUUCUACAUGGAAACACAGACAGCACUAGCAAUUCCAGAUGAAGAUAACACCAUGGUUGUCUACAGUUCAUCACAGUACCCUGAGCUUGCGCAGAGUGUCAUAGCUAAGUGCCUUGGCAUUCCAUUCAACAAUGUGCGUGCCAUUACAAGAAGGGUUGGAGGAGGCUUUGGUGGAAAGGCAACCAAAUCAUUCAAUGUAGCAACAGCAGCUGCUCUUUGUGCAUAUAAGUUAAGGCGUCCUGUGCGGAUGUAUCUCAAUCGCAGUACUGACAUGGUCAUGGUUGGUGGUCGGCACCCAGUGAAAGCAUAUUACUCUGUUGGUUUCAAGUCUGAUGGGAAAGUUACAGCCUUACAUCUAGAAGUACUAAUUAAUGCUGGAAUUUCUCCAGAUGCGAGCCCCAUAAUACCAGACACUAUUAUAUCAGGUCUGAAGAAAUACAACUGGGGUGCUCUCUCAUUUGACAUCAAGGUCUGUAAAACAAACAAUCCGUCCAAAUCAGUAAUGCGUGCUCCUGGAGAUACACAAGGCUCUUUUAUUGCUGAAGCUAUCAUUGAGCAUGUUGCUUCAGUCCUCUCACUCGACGCUAACACCAUCAGGCAAAAGAAUUUUCACACCUAUGAUAGUCUGGUGUUGUUCUAUCCAGAAAGCGCUGGCGAAGCUUCUGCAUACACGCUACAUUUUAUUUUUGAUAGAUUACUAUCGACAUCGAGCUACCUGCAUCGAGCCAAAUCUGUCAAGCAGUUCAACAGUUGCAACAAGUGGCGGAAGCAGGGUAUCUCUUGUGUGCCCCUCAUUUUCAAGGUAGAACCAAGGCCAGCUCCUGGAAGAGUUUCUGUGCUCAAUGAUGGUUCCAUUGUGGUUGAGGUUGGAGGUAUUGAAAUUGGGCAAGGACUGUGGACAAAAGUACAGCAGACCACUGCUUUCGCUUUGGGACAGCUGUGGCCUGAUGGGUGUGAAUGCCUUCUUGAUAGAGUGCGUGUGCUUCAGGCUGAUACUCUGAACUUAAUCCAAGGUGGAGUUACUGCUGGCAGCACAACAUCUGAAUCUAGUUGUGCAGCAAUCCUUCAGGCCUGCAACAUGCUGAUUCACAGAUUGAAGCCAGUCAUGGAUAAGCUCAAACAGCAAGCAGGAGCUGUUUCAUGGGACUCUUUGAUUUCGCAGGCCUCUACGGAUAACGUUAAUUUGUCUUCAAGUUCGUACUGGGUUCCUGGCCAAGAGUCCAAUCGCUAUCUGAACUAUGGAGCUUGUAUAAGUGAGGUGGAAAUUGAUGUUCUUACAGGAGCAAUAACUAUACUAAGGGGUGAUAUUAUCUAUGAUUGUGGGAAGAGCAUGAACCCUGCAGUGGACUUGGGCCAGAUUGAAGGUUCCUUUGUGCAAGGAAUUGGUUUCUUCAUAUACGAAGAACACGAGACAAAUGCUGAUGGCCUUGUUGUGAGUGACAGCACAUGGGACUAUAAGAUCCCAAGUGUCGAUACCAUCCCAAAGCACUUCAACGUUGAGGUGCUGAAUACUGGAUACCAUAAGGACCGUGUGCUUUCUUCAAAAGCUUCCGGGGAACCUGCCGUAGUUCUUGCAUCAUCCAUCCAUUGUGCAGUGAGAGAAGCCAUCCGAGCAGCAAGAGAGGAGUUCGGAAGCUCGCCCUUAGUAUUCCAACUCGAUGUCCCUGCACCAAUGACAGUGGUGAAGGAACUGUGUGGUUUGGAUAUAGUGGAGAAGCAUUUGGAAAAUCAAUCUGCACAUCAAUUUGCAGCUGGGGCAUAAUAUGUAGGACGCUCUGAUGUUGUCAGCCAGACGGAGUGGUGUGAUCAUAUUGUGUAACGUUGGGUGGUGAAAUAUAUACUCCCUCCGAUCCAUAACAAGUGUAACGAGUUCAGUUUAAAUUCAAUUUGAACUGCGCUCAUGACCCUUUUUGGAUCGGAGGAAGUACUUGAAUGUUCGAAAUAUUUACAGUAUUCGGUGCCUCACACCUCUCUAAAAAAUGAGAAAAACCUCCUUUUUUUUUCAGAUGGUCGAUACAUGUAUUGACCUUAUGUGUUC